UAAUUUUCUCGGUCUUUAAAUUAAAGCAAUAAAGCUCCAUCGUCUUCUCACUCACGGAACCAGUUAAAUCACGUUCUCCCUCUCUCUCUCUCUCUCUUCGAAAAAAUCGAAGCAGAGACAACAAAUGGCGACGAGAAGAAGAACAAGCACGAGCUGUUCUUCCAUGGCGGCUCUCUUGUUGUUCAUGGCGGCUCUAAUGGCGUCUUCCUCUAUCGCAGCAACACCGACACAGUCGUUCGAAGACAAUUUCAAUAUCAUGUGGUCUGAAAAUCACUUCACGACUUCCGAGGACGGACAGAUCUGGAAUCUCUCCUUAGACAACGAUACCGGAUGUGGAUUUCAGACAAAGCACAUGUACAGAUUCGGAUGGUUCAGUAUGAAGCUAAAGCUCGUUGGUGGCGACUCCGCCGGCGUCGUCACCGCUUACUACAUGUGUUCGGAGAAUGGAGCUGGACCGGAGAGAGACGAGAUAGAUUUCGAAUUCCUAGGUAACCGAACCGGAGAGCCGUACGUGAUUCAGACCAAUGUGUUUAAGAACGGAACCGGAAAUCGGGAGAUGCGACAUUCCCUAUGGUUCGACCCGACCAAGGAUUACCACACCUACUCAAUUCUUUGGAAUAACCACCAGCUCGUGUUCUUCGUGGAUAGAGUACCGAUUCGAGUGUACAAGAAUAGCGACAAGGUACCAAACAAUGAUUUCUUCCCGAACCAGAAGCCAAUGUACUUGUUCUCCAGCAUCUGGAACGCCGACGACUGGGCGACACGUGGCGGUCUCGAGAAGACCGACUGGAAAAAAGCUCCUUUCGUCUCGUCCUACAAGGAUUUCGCCGUCGACGGCUGCCGUUGGAAGGAUCCAUUCCCUGCUUGCGUCUCCACCACAACGGAGAAUUGGUGGGACCAGUACGACGCGUGGCAUUUGUCCAAGACCCAGAAGAUGGAUUAUGCGUGGGUGCAGAGAAAUCUCGUCGUAUACGAUUAUUGCCAGGACCGCGAGAGAUUCCCUAAACUUCCUUGGGAGUGUUCCAUUAGCCCUUGGGCUUAAAUUCAUUUUUGUUUAUUUUUUUUUCCAAUUAAAGUAUUAAGUGGAAAUGGUUGCUGUAAUAAUUUUUACUUUCUCCAUUUCAUUUAUCAUUGAUUACAGCCUCUGAUUAUUUAUUUAAUUAAUUAUUUAGUCGGCUAUUUUUCAUAACA